CUACUUGAGCUUGUGGCUUGCUGGCAGUAAUAGUCACAACUGUCACUGCUUCUAUUGUUGUUGGUGCUAUUAUCAGCCUUCUCAUUUCUAUAAAGCCUUGUAGUUGACAAAGUACUUUCACACCCAUAACUUCAUUUGACAGAAGAAUUAUUAACCCAUUUUACAGAUGAAAAAGUGGAAGCUCAGAGAGCGGAAGAGACGUGCCCAGGGACCACAGCAGGCCAGUGGCAGAGCUCAGGGGUGGGGUGGGGGAAUCAGGAAGGCCUAGGGCAGGACCCUCUGCUUGGAGGUCUCACUCUGGGCAGGGCUCAGUGGCCCAGCAUGUGGGGCCUUCCUGUUCAUGGCAAGCCCCAGCAGGCACAGGGGAUUCCCUUUCUUGUUAGCUCUGUGGAAGAUGAGAUACAGUCCUCCAAGGGGAAAAAGAAAAAUCCACCCUCUGAUUGGCUGAAAAAGAGUGAGGGGUCCUCAUGGAGGUGGGUGAGGCACUGCUGUACAAUGCCUUCCAGGAGUCCUGGGCUGGAAAGGCCUGAGGGUGGGGAGGACUCAGUGCUGUGUGGCUUCAGGCUGAUCACCUCUUCUCUCUGGAUCUUACUCCAAGUCGGUCUCCAAGGCCUCUUAUGAUUUUUCUUCAAGCGUCUAAGCAACAGCCUGCCCGCCCACUUCCACAGAUUUCCUGCCUGUCUGUCCUCCAACCUCUCUACACUAGGAUAGGUCUGAACUGGCCCCCUCCUGAGGGCUCAGCCUUACAGGUGCCGUUUGUUGCCUGGCUGGGUUGCCUGACCCAGGUUCUGCAUCUGACCAGCUGUAUGACUUUCAGGCAUCCCAUGGGCCUCUCUGUUCAUGUUUCAGGCUGACUGGGAUGGGGCCCAAAGAGAAGUGAGUUCACAAAGUGUUUUGCCCAAAACAUUUUUCCACCCUCCUAAUCUUGCUCAGAGAGGUGGAUUAACUCAGGAUUUAUACUCCACCCAUAUUUUAGACAGGGAACUCAAGGCCUAGAGAGAAGGUGUGGCCCAGUAGCGGCUGGGCGUCAGCCCUGGGGGCUUAGCAAGCCCCUCCAGAACAGAAAGGGAAGACGAGGCCCAGAGGUAGGAACCCACGCUUGCAGCCAAGCCUUAUGCCAGGCAAUUUCCCUAAAUUAUUAUGUUUAAUCCCCGCAGCAACCUGAGGGGUGGGUAGGCAUCAUUAUCUCCAGUUUACAAACAAGGACACUGAAGUUCUGAGCAGGAGAGUGACAUGCCCCAAAUAUCUCAGCCAACAAGUAGCAGAGCUGAGAUCUGAUCCCAGUCUGUGCCCUCAUGUCCCCUGGGCCUCAGCUACCUGGGAGGGAGGGAAGAGCAGGGUGAGUCCAGAGAGCUUCCACAGGGGACGCCAGAGGGAGGGAGGUGGACGCUCAAGGGUCUGGAAAUCCGGAGGUGAAACUGGGCUGCAGAGGGCCUCAGAAAGCUGUCUGCUCUUUUUGCUUAGGUGGGACCUCCAACGCCCUUGCCGUCAAUUUGUUGCACACCUCCUGUGACUGGGACCUCACCACCCCAUAUCACACUGGUGAAAUGGUUAAACAAACUGUGGUCCACCCCCACCAUGGAAUGCCAGUUGGCCACAGAAAGGAGCAAGCUAUCGACCCACACAGCCACCUGGAUGAAUUCCAGAGAUGGAGAACAGGCAGGUUCUGUAUGGGCAGAGAAGCAGAGGCAGCCCUGAAGCCCUGUGUGCUGUGAGCAUUCUGUCUCCUACCAACCUCUGCAGAAGCACUGGACAAGUGGCAUCAUGGCCUUGUCUCAGGUGCAAUGUCUGGACAACAGCCAUGUCAACUGGCGCUCCAGCGAGUCCAAGCCCGAGUUCUUCUAUAGCGAGGAACAGCGCCUGGCGCUGGAGGCCCUGGUUGCCCGGGGCCCCGAGGCCUUCUACGAGGUGCUGAAGAAGGAGAACAUCCGAGAUUUCCUCUCGGAGCUGGAGCUCAAGCGCAUCCUGGAGACCAUCGAGGUGUAUGACCCGGGCUCCCAAGACCCUCGGGGCUCAAGCUGCCCCCAGGGCCCCGAGGACAAUGGAGUCGGGGACGGUAAGGAGGCCAGUGGGGCAGGUGGGGCCCCCACCGAGGCCGAGCCACCACCCUCACUGGAGUACUGGCCCCAGAAGUCAGAUCGCUCCAUCCCACAGCUGGACCUGGGCUGGCCUGACACCAUUGCCUACCGUGGUGUGACCCGGGCCAGCGUCUACAUGCAGCCCCCCAUUGACGGGCAGACCCACAUCAAAGAGGUGGUGCGCAAGAUGAUCAGCCAGGCGCAGAAGGUGAUAGCCGUGGUCAUGGACAUGUUCACUGAUGUAGACAUCUUCAAGGACCUGCUAGAUGCCGGCUUCAAGAGGAAGGUGGCCGUGUACAUCAUUGUGGACGAGAGCAACGUGAAGUACUUCCUGCACAUGUGUGAGCGGGCCCGCAUGCAUCUGGGACAUCUUAAGAAUCUCAGGGUGCGGAGCAGUGGGGGAACAGAGUUCUUCACGAGGUCGGCCACCAAGUUCAAGGGCGCACUGGCCCAGAAGUUCAUGUUCGUGGAUGGAGACCGGGCCAUCUGUGGUUCCUACAGCUUCACGUGGUCAGCUGCAAGGACAGACCGGAACGUGAUCUCAGUGCUGUCUGGCCAGGUGGUGGAGACAUUCGACCGGCAGUUCCAGGAGCUGUACCUCAUGUCCCAUGGCGUCAGCCUCAAGGGCAUCUCCAUGGAGAAGGAGCCUGAGCCAGAGCCCAUCAUGCUGCCCUCGGUGGUCCCGUUGGUGCCAUCAGGCACCGUGGCCAAGAGGCUCGUCAACCCCAAGUAUGCGCUGGUCAAGGCUAAGAGUGCUGAAGAGAUUGCUAAGGUCUCCUCUGAGAAGCAGGAGGUCAAGAGGCCCCCGGGGCUGCGGGGUCCGGCUCUGGCCGAGCAGCCAGGAGACCUCCCCGAGCCCACCCUGCCGGUUCACCCAGGGCUGCUCAACCUGGAGCGGGCCAACAUGUUCGAAUAUCUGCCCACGUGGGUGGAGCCAGACCCGGAGCCGGGCAGUGACAUCUUGGGCUACAUCAACAUCAUUGACCCCAAUAUCUGGAACCCCCAGCCCAGCCAGAUUAACCGUAUCAAGAUCCGAGACACAUCUCAGGUCGGCACCCAGCUAUGGAAGCAGAGCCAGGACUGCAUCCCCACCCCAGAGCCCAGCGCCCCCCAGGACGGGGACCCAGCCCCAGCCAGGAACGGCCUCCCCCAGGAGGACCCUGAGUCACAGCCCCCUGUGCCCAAGCCCCGGACAGUACCCGUGGCAGAUGUGCUUGCCCAGGAUGGCAGUGGUGUUGGCUGGGCUCUGGAAAGCCCAAAUGACGAGGUGCCCCAGAACGGGACAGACCAUGAGGUGCCCAGGACCCCCGAUGCACGCCAUGCCCCACCCCAGCGACAGAGGUCUAUGACCCAGGAUGACCCCGAUGGCAGGCGGUUGGUGAUCCCCAAUGGGCUAGAUGGGGACGAGGAGGAAGAUGACGAUGACUAUGUGACCCUCAGUGACCAGGACAGCCUCUCAGGCAGCUCUGGCCUUGGUCCUGGCCCCCGGCAGCCCUCAGUGGCCUCCUCUUCUGUGUCAGAUGAGUAUUUUGAGGUGAGGGAGCGCUCAGACACUCUCCGGAGGCGCCACUCAGAGCAGGUGGCCAACGGGCAGACUCAGCGCCCCCGCCGAAGGCUGAGUGCCCCCCACACGACCCGCGGGACCUUUGGUGGACCCCUCUGUGGCUCACCCUGGGCUCAGGGUCGGGAGAGAGAGAAGGCGGGCACUCUGAGGAGGAUGCAAUCCUUGCACUCCACGGACAAGGAGGCACAGGAUCAGCAGUUCUGCCAUUCUGGAGUCCCUGCCUCAGGGACCAAGGAUACAGAUGGCUUCCCACGGCCGUUGAAGACCCUAAGACCCUUGCAGUACCACCCCAUUGCUGAGGGCGCCCAGGGCUCUACCAGGAAAGCAGGCCCCCAUCACUGGCAGGCCAAGGGUGGCCUUGUGCCCCACACGCUGCCAGAUCCUGUGAGUCCACAGCUGGCCCGAAACGCCAGACCCCUAACCGAUGGCAAGUCCACCGAGGCACACCCAAGUCCUUUUGGAAUACCGUUCUCCAAACUCUCCCAGUCAAAGCACCUGAAGGCCAGGACGGGCGGUGGCCAGUGGGCCUCACCUGAUUCUAAACGGAGGGUCCAGGCCCCCCGGAACUGCAAAGAUCCCUAGCACCCUGUCCCCGGGCCUGGAGCCAGGCCAUCUGCGGCCUCUGUCCUAGCUCAGCCUCACCAUGUCAAUGUUCAUGUGGCCAUACCAGGGAUGAGCACACGGGCCGCAGAGACCCUCCAGAGCCCACCCUGGAAGGAAGGCAGAUGGUAUGGGCAAUGAUGUGG